UUUGUUUCUGGCACAAGUAUAUAAUAAAUACUUUAUUGAAUCUGCCUUCUCAACAAGUCUUGCACAAAUAUGAGACUUUGCACAUGGAAGAUAUUGGAGCUACAUUGUUGGCAAAUUUGAACAUUUAUUUUAGGAGUGGAGUGGGCGGCAUGGUGGUGCAGUGGGUAGCACUGUUGCAGCAAGAAGGUCCUAGGUUUGAAUCCGGCCUGGGCCCCGUGGGUUUCCUACAGGUACUCCAGUUUCCUCCCACAGUCCAAAGACAUGCAGUGCUGACCACUGAACAUGGGUGACUGGAGCUUCUUGGGAAACAUUUUAGAGGAAGUGAACGAGCACUCGACAGUGAUUGGCAGGGUGUGGUUGACCGUGCUCUUCAUCUUCAGGAUCCUGAUCUUGGGCACAGCUGCUGAGUUUGUCUGGGGGGACGAGCAGUCGGAUUAUGUUUGCAACACCCAGCAGCCGGGUUGCGAGAACGUCUGCUAUGACGAGGCUUUCCCCAUCUCCCACAUCAGGCUGUGGGUGCUCCAGAUCAUCUUCGUCUCCACGCCCUCGCUGGUGUACGUGGGCCACGCCGUGCACCACGUCCACAUGGAGGAGAAGCGCAAGGAAAGGGAGGAGGCGGAGAUGAACCGUCAGCAGGAGAUGAAUGAGGAGAGGCUGCCUCUGGCGCCCGACCAGGGCAGCGUCAGGACCACCAAGGAGACCAGUACCAAGGGCAGCAAGAAGUUCCGCCUGGAGGGCACGUUGCUGAGGACGUACAUCUGCCACAUUAUCUUCAAGACCCUGUUUGAGGUGGGCUUCGUGGUGGGACAGUACUUCCUCUAUGGCUUCCACAUCCUGCCCCUCUACAAGUGCAGCCGCUGGCCCUGCCCCAACACUGUCGACUGCUUCGUCUCGCGCCCCACCGAGAAGACCGUCUUCAUCAUCUUCAUGCUGGCGGUUGCUUGCGUCUCCCUCUUCCUCAACUUUGUAGAGAUCAGCCACCUCGGACUGAAGAAGAUCCGCUUUGUUUUCCAGAAGCCCCCCCAGCAGCAAGCAGAGGGGGGGCUGGUUCCAGAGAAGAGUUUGACCUCCAUGACUGUCUCUUCCAUCCAGAAGGCCAAGGGCUACAAACUGCUGGAGGAGGACAAGCCUGUGACCCACUACUUCCCCCUGACAGAGGUGGGGGUGGAGGCAGGCAGGCUGCCGACACCCUUUCAGACUUUUGAGGAGAAGUCCUGCGUGGAUGAGGUAGGGCCCCCUGAAGACAUGUCCAAGUUGUGUGAUGAGACCCUGCUCUCCUAUGUCCAGACCACUGAACAGGAGGAGGAGCAGAAGCAGGGGCAGGAACAGGACAAUGAGGAGGAGCAGCAAGAUCAGGAAGAAGAGGACGAAGAAGAGGAAGAGGGGGAGAAGCCACCCACCAAGACUGAUGUGGAGGCUACUGAGACGAUAGAAGGCACCAGACCGCUAAGCAGCUUGAGUAAAGCAAGCAGCAGGGCCAGGUCAGAUGAUUUGACAGUAUGAACCUGAGAAACAGCAAGUGAAUCAAUAGAAGGUAGCACAAGGGAAAAGCCAAUAGUCCUUUUAUAGAGAGAGAAAAGCCUGACUCUGACUGAGACCAGAAUUAAUGCCAGCUAGUCAUUUUUGGACAUGACUACAGUACAGUACAGUACUGUACAACACAUUAAAUAGGGAUGGGGGGAUGACCGUGUAAGAAAUUUGGUUGUCUUGAAGACAGUGAAAACAUUUAUAUUAUGUUGCCAUUUUUGAUAAUGAUAAUUUUGUCAUUUAUCACAUUUAUAAAACUUUUUUAAAUGCUAAAUCAAAAAAAAAAAAAAAAAAAACAGGAAAGCUUGAAGAAAGCGUAGUGAAAAAUCUUGCCAGUGCUGUUGGGAAAUGGAAGUUUUUAUUUAAGAAAACACAAUGUGCUGUUUUUAAAAUAAUCUUUUCUAUCUGAAGAGUUUUAACAAACGUAUUUAAUAUGACUGAUAUUUACAUUUUUGACAUUAGCCAAAUACAAAAGUGCUAUGUGUGGAAAACCACUGAUGUCAUGCGAACCGCACUCUUUUUAAACACAGUCGGGGUCAUAAAAAUGAUUGUAUGUGUUUUACAUUUUUUCGUCACCUGAGCUAUUCAUUGAUUCUCAACUAAUUGAAAAGAUUUAGUGAAGCCAUUGUACAUACAACAUCAAAUAGAAUUGAGAAUUCAGCGUGUUAUUAAUGUGACAUUGAGCAAGUGAUGCUGGAUUCAUUUGCCACACAUAGGUUAGCAAAGAAAAAGAACAAAGAGAAAGUUUGGAUGACUUGUAACAUGUUAUUUUUUUCUAAAUUUUACUUGUUAUUUUCCGAAACUUCCAUCUCAAUUCUUGAUGAUGUUAAUAUACACUCAAUUGAACCAUGGAAACCACCGUCAGUUAAAUCUUUUUUUUCUUCCUGCACAAACCGCCAUGAUGUUAAAGUUCAUGCCUAAUCAGCAUGAGUAUUGUUGAACAGGAGACAAUAAAAACACGCUCAUUACUGAAAACAGGCAUCCUUGACAAUAAUGCAAAAAAAAACAAAAACAUAUUUUAAUCCUUUGUUGCUUCAUGUGCUUAAAAAUAUAAAUUGCAUUUAAUGAUCAUUCUACCAAAAUAGUUUUAAACUGUGAGAGUCUGUGAACUCACACUGGACAGAAAAAUAUAUUUAUAGAUAUACUGCACUGGAAAACUUUGACCUCAAAUAUAGGCGUUCGAUGCAGUCCUAUUCUCAUCCAGUGCAUCUAUUCAAGGGAUUUUUGGUAAAUUAUUUUAACCUGCAGUAAAUAUAAGUAUAUAUUCGGAAAAUCAAUAAUACUCAUUUUAAUAAACGAAAUGUAUAAAUAUAUUUAUUUAAGUUGUAUGAAUAUUUAUUAUUUGUAAUGUUAUUUAUUCAAUUUGACCAAACUUUAUCCACCUUGGCAUUCAGGCAUGAAAGCAUUACCAUAUGAAUAAGUAGCAGACCUUUCCAUAAGCCAUUAUACAGAGGCAUAAACAAGUUAUUGCUGUUUAUUAAGAUAUGCAGUUUAACAUUAAGUUAUUUGACAAAAAGUAUUUUAUUUUUCUUUUAUCCCAUUGUUAAUCACUCUUAUCACUGUUUUACUGUUGCAAAAUAUACAACUUAAUAGAACAAGUCAGAGAUUAUGUUUGUCUUUCUGUAUAAUCACAUGGCAUGACUGUAUGGAACCUGCCUGUUGCUAGUAGAACAAGUUGUCUUGGCUUUCAAACUGAAAUUCACCUGUUACAAGUGCCUCAAUGAGAAGGCUUCUUCAGAUACUAGCUAAAACACAUAGAAAUGUAUAAUUAUACUAAAAGAGUGAAUCUGAGUAUAUGUUUCAUGCACAACAUCCAACAUACGUAUUACAGCAGUAUAAACAGUAUUAGUGACAGGGAAGGCAAUGCCAUAAUCUGUAUUUAUGUCUAUUUUUCAGUCGCUCUUGUUAAGAGUGUUUAUCCUGUUGUGUAUUGCUUUGCUCUUUUUUGUGUAAAUCCCUAAAAAUUUAUUUUCCAUACACUGCUGUCUUGGAGAAAAACAUACUCUGGGAAUCGUCUAUUCAAUGUCUGUCUGAUUUUUGAGCUAGAAAAUAAUAUACUUGUUCAUAUUGCCUACCCACACAACCCAAACGGCCAGAGAACUUCCAACUCUGUCAAUCAAGUGCCUUACUUAGCCUGUGCAGUGAAUGGGCCUGAGAGUAAUAAUGCCUUCUUUAAAAAUGUACUGAAUAACCAUUUACACAGAUGAACAUAAAUAUGCAUGGUCACAGUUUUCCUGAUAAUGUAAGCGAAAAAACCCUGUGAGUCUAAAUGCACAUACUGUUUGGUCUCAGGUGAACAGCAUAUUAUCUCAAAGCCUUAAAGGAAUGUUCCAUUGAAUAGGGACCAGGAAAGAUGACAAUCCAAGGAAAAGAAAUAUGGCAAAUGUUCAUUAUCACAGCGGCACCUAAUCCAAGGGGCAAUGUUCACGAUUGUGAGGGUAAAAAUCUCAUUUGUCAUCCUCUACUCCACUCAGGUUUUCCAGGAGCAGCAGCAUAAAAUAGAAAGAUUACCAAAGUUUUUAAAAGGAGUGCAUUGUAGCAACUCUAGGAAUAUUCAAAACUCUGUUGCUGAGACAGGUCAGGCAACUGUGAAAAGUAUUUCCCUGAUGUAACCAUUUAAUCAAUGCAAAAACUACAUUUCCCAGUUGAAACAAUAAUGAAUACAUUUCUUCUGCUGUCUCUCAAUGCAACACAGUGUUAGAUGAAGAAUGAAAGGAUGCUGAGAAGGUCAAAACAUUUAAGUACAACAGCAAUAAUAUAAAAUGAAAUCAAUAAAAUAAAGGUGCCCUAAUCGCAGGCCUUCUUAAUCCCAUUUAUUAGUUGUAUGUUGUUAAAUAUUUCCAAACUAUCUUUUUCAGCUUCCUUUUGUAAUUAUUUUGCUUUAUUACCAGAGUAAUUUCAGUCACACACACACAAAAAAACUUUUACUAACUUGUAGUCCUCUUUUGAUCAUAGUUGUGUGCAAUCAUUGUUUGAAAACUGUGAACGCAUCCAAUAAAAGGUCAAGUGUGGUCCAA